CAUCCUCCUUUGUGUAAGGAGAGAGUCGGGCAGUGAGGCCGAGGGUCCUUCCUGGGCUCACAGUCCAAGUCACAAGGAAUCACAUUGUUUCCAAGUACCCAUGGCAGAAGAGGGGGCUAUCUUCAAGGUCACCAAGGACCUGAGAGCCGCUGUCUCUGCCAUCCUCCAGGGUUAUGGGGAUGGGCAGGGGCCAGUGAUGGACACCAGUGCUGAGCUGCACAGACUCUGUGGCUGCCUGGAGCUGCUGCUGCAGUUUGACCAGAAAGAGCAGAAGAGCUUCCUGGGGCCUCGGAAGGAUUACUGGGACUUUCUCUGCACUGCCCUACGACGGCAGCGGGGGGACAUGGAGCCAAUCCACUUCGUCCGUUCCCAGGACAAGUUGAAGACCCCUCUGGGGAAAGGCCGUGCCUUCAUCCGCUUCUGCCUGGCCCGCGGGCAGCUGGCUGAGGCCCUGCAGCUCUGCCUCCUGAACCCAGAGCUCACCAGGGAAUGGUAUGGACCCCGGAGCCCUCUGCUCUGCCCGGAACGCCAAGAAGACAUCCUGGACUCUCUCUAUGCUCUCAGUGGGGUUGCUUUCGAGUUGGACCUGCAGCAGCCGGACCUGGAUGGAGCCUGGCCCAUGUUCUCAGAGUCACGCUGCUCCAGUUCCACCCAAGCCGAGGGAAGGAGACCCAGAAAAACCAAAGAUGCCCCAAAGAAGAUCCCAGCCACAUAUGGAGGCCCCAAAAAUGUCCAGAUGGAGGACUCACACACCCGUCAAGCUGCCUGUCUGCAAGAUGCGCCCAGUGGACAGCAGUUGGUGGGGCUGCCCAGCUCCCAGCAACAAAGGCACCUUCCUUUCUCUUUGGAAAAGAAGGGAGAAAAUUCCAGGAGCCUUAGGUAUCCCCAGAGCACGUGGGAACCAGAAGGGGAGGCGUCUCCGCUAGACCAGGCAGAAGGAGCCCCCUGGAUUGAGAUCUUCCUGGAGAACUCAAUACCCAGCACCCACGGACAGGGGAAAGGGGCUACAGGCACUCAGAAGGAGGUGAGAGGGACGGAGGCUGAGGGCACAGGGGUUCUGCUGGGUGCAGAGGGUCAGAGAACAACAGAGGGGACUCGUGAAGCAGAAGCACGGUGCGGUCAUGUCCGGAGGCUGCUGACCCCCAGCCCCAGAGGGACCAUAGAAGGAGCAAUGGCAGGGAGCAGGCAGGGGUGGGGGGGCUCUAGCAUCCUGGGGGAGCCCUGGGCUCUUCAGAGACUCACAAGAAAGGAAGACUCCACUGUGGAGAAUCCACGAGUGCAAACAGAAGUGACCCUUGCGGCCAGGAGGGAGGAGCAAGCUGAGGCGUCCCUGCAGGACGUGGGCAAGAGCCUCAGACUUGGGCUCCAGAAGGCCGAGGAGCAGGCCCAGCACCAGGAGCGGCUGCUGAGGGAGCAGGAGGGGGAGCUGCAGGCACUUCGGGAGCAGCUCAGCAGGUGUCAGGAAGAGAGAGCCGAGCUGCAGACACAGCUGAAGCAGAAGCAAGAAGAGGCUGAGAGGAAGGACGCCAUGUACCAGGAGGAGCUUGGAGGGCACCGGGACCUGGUCCAGGCCAUGAAGAGGCGGGUGUUGGAACUGAUCCAGUAA